AGCCCAUGCAUGGAUGUUGCGCCACACAAAAGAACGAGCAGCAGCAUCUUUACGCACAAGUGAGACGGAUAUCGUUGUCUGGUCCGGGAGCGUCGCGGCGGCUAUACAGUGAUGUUGGUGUGUGUGAGCGCACAAUUAGAUUUAGUGACAGAACACGGAUUAAUCUGAGGCUGUGAAUCCCACGGAGACACCACGGCUGCCAGGACAGACUGGUCCAAAUCGGAUUCCAUACAUUUAUGAUUGAAUGUGAGACUACUUUGACCCUACAAAAUUGAAGAUGAUGUUGCUAUGGAAACUGCUGGUGCUGCAGUCACUUAUGGGGUGCCUUGCAGAGACGAGUGUCCUGCAGAGUCCCGUCUUCACCAAGCAGCCCGGCAGCAUCGUGUAUCCUGUGGAAACGCUGGAGAGGAACAGGGAGGUGGUGUUCAGCUGCGAAGCCCAGGGAAGCCCACCUCCCAUGUACCGGUGGAAACUGAACGGCACAGAAAUCAGUCCCAAAUCUGGAUCGCACUACAGCCUCUCUGGAGGCAACCUCAGAAUCAACCGUCUUAACAAAGACCAGGAUGCUGGAACGUAUCAGUGCCUCGCCUCCAACUCUUUUGGGACCAUCGUCAGCCGAGAGGCCAGUCUAACCUUUGCAUACUUGGAAGACUUCAAGACCCACAGAAGAAGCUCUGUAUCGGUGCGUGAAGGUCAAGGAGUGGUUCUGCUGUGUGGCCCUCCACCACACUCAGGAGAUCUGAUAUUCUCCUGGAUCUUUAACGAAUACCCAACCUUUGUGAAGCAGGACACUCGUCGCUUCAUCUCACAGGAGACGGGGAAUCUGUACAUCGCCAAGGUGGAGCCCUCAGAUGUCGGCAACUACACCUGUGUGGUGACCAACUCCGUCACAAAGACCAGAGUCCAGGGUCCACCCACUCCUCUGGUGCUCCGCAGUGAUGGUGUGAUGGGUGAAUAUGAGCCAAAGAUUGAAGUUCAGUUUCCAGAGGUUGUUCACGUCUCCAAAGGAUCCACCAUAAAGCUGGAAUGCUUCGCUCUGGGAAACCCAGUGCCCUCUAUAAACUGGAGGAGAGUGGACGGCGUACCGUUCCCCAGGAAAGUGGACAUGAGGAAAGCCAGCGGUGUCUUGGAGAUCCCAUAUUUCCAGCAGGAGGAUGCAGGCACGUACGAAUGUGUGGCCGAAAACUCCAGGGGAAUGAACACGGUGAAAGGAAAGCUCUCUUUCUACGCCCCCCCUCAUCUCAUUGAAAAACCUGAAGAUGUGCAGAAGCUCAUUGAUGACUCGCUGGUGUGGGAGUGUAAAGCCACAGGGAAGCCGAAGCCUUCUUACAGGUGGAUGAAAAAUGGAGAGAACCUGGAUUCCGCCGAGGAGCGCAUACAGGUCGCCAAUGGGGCAUUGACAAUCAGCCGCCUGACCCUGUCCGACACGGGAAUGUACCAGUGUGUGGCUGGGAACAAGCACGGCGAGGUCUUCUCCAACACAGAGCUACGAGUUAUAGCCGUUGCCCCAGAUUUCUCUCACAAUCAACUGAGGAGCCAGACGCUGGUGAAGGUAGGAGGAGAUGUGCUCAUCGAGUGCCGGCCGAAGAUGUCUCCUUGGGGUGUGAUCUCUUGGCGGAAGGGCAGCGAACCACUCCGAGAAAAUAACAGGGUUUCCAUUCUGGACAACGGGAACCUUCGGGUAUGGAACGCAACCAAAUCCGAUGCAGGCCUCUACACGUGUGUGGCGAGAAACCAGUUUGGCGUGGCGAGCAGCACAGGGAGCGUCACAGUCAAAGAGCCGACCAUCAUCACCACCCAGCCGUCCACGCUGGACAUCACCGUGGGGGAGAGCGUGGUCCUGCCCUGUCAAGUGAAUCACGACCCGUCUCUGGAGCUCAAGUUCACCUGGUUCUUCAACGAGCAGCUCAUCCACUUUGGGAGCCAUGGUGGAUUUUUUGAAAAAGUGGGAGGUCAGCAUUCAGCAGGAGACAUUAUGAUUCGAAACAUCCAGCUGAGGCAUGCUGGGAAGUACACGUGCGCCGUGCAAACGAAGGUGGACAGUAUUUCCAUCGCCGUUGACUUGGUUGUCAGAGGUCCCCCGGGGCCUCCCACCAGCAUCCAAGUAGAAGAAAUCAGCGAUACCACAGCUUCUCUGUCCUGGAGGCCUGGUCCUGAUAAUCACAGUCCAAUUACGGCAUAUACAAUCCAGGCCAGGACACCAUUUUCCCUCGGGUGGCAGGCUGUCACCACAGUUCCUGAGGUGGUGGGGGGGAACCGGCUGACAGCUACAGUAAUAGACCUGAGCCCUUGGGUGGAGUAUGAGUAUCGAGUUCUGGCAAGCAACACCAUCGGGACCGGCGAGCCCAGCAAGCCAUCCAAACAAGCAAGGACGAAGGGGACCUCUCCGAAGGUCACAUCGGCUAAUGUGAGCGGAGGCGGUGGCAGUCGCUCCGAAUUAGUCAUCACAUGGGAGCCUGUUCCAGAGGAGCUGCAGAAUGGCCCAGGGUUUGGCUACGUUGUUGCUUUCCGGCCCCACGGUGCAACGGGGUGGAUGCAGGCGGCCGUACCGUCGGCCGAGGCGUCAAGAUACAUCUUUAAAAAUGAGAGCAUCCAGCCCUUCUCGCCUUUCCAUGUUAAGGUCGGGGUUUACAACAACGAGGGUGAGGGGCCCUUUGGAGCCGUUACCACUAUCUACUCAGCUGAAGAAGAGCCUGGCCGGGCGCCCACCAGGAUUCGUGCCAAGAGCCUCUCUGCGUCCGAAAUUGAAGUUUCAUGGAAAGCUCUGCCCUGGAAUGCCAGCAAGAAGAGAGUGCUGGGCUACGAGCUGAGGUACUGGAAUAGAAGUGGGGAAGACACGGCCAGCGUGCAAAGGACGGUGGGAAAUCAAACGUCUACUAUUAUCCAAGGGGUAAAAGGCAGCACCACAUAUUACAUCUCAGUGAGGGCAUAUAACACUGCUGGAACAGGGCCUCCCAGCGCCACUGUCAACGUUACCACUAAAAAACCACCGCCCAGUCAGCCACCGGUUAAAGUCAUGUGGAACACAUCAAACUCCAAGAUCAUAUUGAACUGGGAGCAGGUCAAAGCCCUGGAGAAUGAGUCAGAGGUCACUGGUUACAAAGUGCUCUACAAGAAGAACCGACACAGCCGUCCCAGUGUCAUGGAAACCAAUACCACGUCCGUGGAGCUCGCCCUGCCCACUGAUGAGGAUUAUAUCGUCCAGAUAAAACCAUUUGGAGAGGGAGGGGAAGGCAGCAGUAGCAGGCAGAUCACCAUCCCAAGGAUACCAGGCCCCAACGCAGUCGGCUCAGCGUCCAAGGUCUCAACUCUGUCAGCGCUCAGUACAAUAGCACUGUCUUUCACUGCUCGGACAUCUUUAUGACAAACGGCUCCCAGCAGGCAUUGCUUCUGAUGUGGAGACAGCUCCUCCGCAGAAUGCAAACACAAUCCACUCUGGAUCCAUUCAUUUAGAUUUUAGAGGCAGAAAGAAGAUGCUGAUGAUGAAAAAAAGAAAAAAAAAAAAAAAAAUUGCUAUUGAGAUGUCAGGGAAGGAGUCCCCUUCAGCACCCAGGCUAAGUAAAGGAAAAUCGGCCCAUGUUGUGACUAUGUUGUUACCAAAGCAGCUUUCAUAAGAAAAAAGGUAAAGAGAAAAAAUGUCUUAUAUGCAUCUUUUUGUAUGACAUGUUGAGCUUUUAUAGAUUUUGUUUUUCUUAAUAAAUCGAAGUCCGGGCCCAUGGGACGAGAACAGUUAGGCGCAUGGCAAAUUAAAUCAUCCAAUUCUCCAGUCUCGAGCUUAAGAAUGUGAUUUGACAGUGAACCUUUUGUCUACUACAGUAAGGUUAGACCUGUACCUUUGGUUGUAAAAGACCAGAGUAGUGAGUUUUGUUUUUUUCUUUUUCAAGUGAAUGAGCUGUUCCCUGUUACAUCUCUGCAUUUCUGUUUCUGCCCUAUUUCACUCAAAGGACUGCACUGGGUUUGUCAUCAUCGGUCAUCUUAUGUAAAAAGAGGAUAAGCAUCUAAAUUCAUGUCUCCAGGCGGCACAUGCUAAUGUUAGUCAGGCAGCCAAAGCAAGAUUUUUUUCUUUUUAUGUGUCAUGAAUCUACAGAAAAUGCAGCAAAAAAACAAUAUUUGUCUGUUAGGCAUUAGGAUGCCGUAUAUUUGGCAUCAGUCCUCUGGCUUAAGUUGACGAAGACAUCCCCAAAAAGUUGAUGAAGUCCUAAAAGCCACUCAUGCGUCCGUCACAGACCUUUGAACCAGACAUAGCACCAUGCUGUCAUGGAGACCAUCGCCCCCUUGGUUCCUUUACCUUAGACGUGGAACUGCACUAGUGGCCGGCCAGACCCUUGUGGCCGUAUCAUGCUCCUCAUUCUUUUCGGUUAGCCCUGUGUCUAGAGCUAUUCUUUGCCUUCUGUGUGCCUCAUCAUAUGUUCAAAAUCCUCAGGUCCUUCAAGAGCCUUAACUUAUCACAUGUAUAUCGAAAAACAUUAGACGCAUAGACUUAUGAAGCAGCCGCGGUGAUGUUUACAUGCUGCUGUGUCGAUAGAACCUGUCCGUGGUCAGCAUUGGGUUGGGGGGGUAGGGGGGGCGGCAUUCUAAGAUUAGUCUUAAUGGCGUUCUGCUGUUUCGCAUGGGAUAUUGGUGAUAUAUGAGGCCUGGAGCAUUUUUAUAGGUGUGUGUUCUUAAUAAAAAGACAAUGCUGCUGAUCUUUUUUCCUUUUUCCAUAGUGUCCUGAUGCCAUGUGGGACUGCUGUAGUAGUUUGUAGUACUUUGAAGGGAAGUGUACUGUAGGCUACUGGGUCUUGCUCGGAAUCAUGCAUCAAGAAACGUGUAAUAUACUGUUUUGUACACUUCAAAUCAUUUAUAUAAAAGAACCUUUCUAAAGAGAUGAUUUACUUGGUUUUUAUGUAAUAACUCUUGUUUCAUACAGUAGCUGUAACUGUUGCUCAGCAUGACUGUACUUUUCCUCUCUCCUCUGUCCAUCAUGUAAACCGACUGAAUGGCUUCGGGAACAUGCCAGGUUCAUGCAUCUGAUCCGUGUAUACUGUGUGUGCACCAUGAAACUGACCCAUAGUCAGCCCUGUGUCUAUAUGCUUCUGUCUCAGUCAGCCCCUCUCAGAUGCACUAGGCCUACCGUCCAUAUAUGCUCUUCAUGAGGGUCUCCUC